GUGCGUGGCACAGGCGGUCAGCAAACACAAAAUGGCUGACGCCCCCGCACCGUCCGGUGAGCGCGGCGGCGAGCGCGGCGGCUUUGGGAGGGGAUUCGGCGGGCGUGGCGACCGCGGGCGCGGCGACCGCGGCCGGGGCGACCGCGGCCGCGGCCGGGGCCGGGGCCGCCGCGACGACGGCGAGGAGAAGUGGGUGCCCACCACCAAGCUGGGCCGCCUGGUGCAGCAGGGCAAGAUCAAGAGCCUGGAGCAGAUCUACCUCUUCUCGCUGGCGGUGAAGGAGUACCAGAUUGUGGACUUCUUCCUGGGGGCCGCACUGAAGGACGAGGUCAUGAAGAUCAUGCCGGUUCAGAAGCAGACGCGCGCCGGCCAGCGUACCCGCUUCAAGGCCUUUGUGUGCGUGGGCGACUCCAACGGCCACGUGGGCCUGGGCGUCAAGUGCGCCAAGGAGGUGGCCACCGCCAUCCGCGGCGGCAUCAUCCUGGCCAAGAUGGCCACCGUGCCCGUGCGCCGCGGCUACUGGGGCAACAAGAUCGGCAAGGUGCACACUGUGCCCACCAAGCUGACCGGAGAGUGCGGCAGCGUGCUGGUGCGCCUCAUCCCCGCCCCUCGCGGUGCGGGCAUCGUGGCGGCGCGCACCCCCAAGAAGGUGCUGCAGAUGGCUGGCAUUGAGGACUGCUACACCUGCUCCCGCGGCUCCACCAAGACCCUGGGCAACUUUGUCAAGGCUACCUUCUAUGCGCUUUCCUCCUCCUACGGUUUCCUCACACCCGAGCUGUGGCGCGAGACGGUGUUCACCAAGAGCCCGCUGCAGGAGUACAGCGACUUCCUGGCCAAGCCCGUGGUCGGCAAGGCCUACUGAGCGGCGCCGCCGCACGCAGCAGCAGCAGCCUGCGCGGCGCGAGCCGCGCCCAGGCGGGGCCGCCGCGCCGCCCCUUGACCUCGGCGCGGCCAAGCGCAGCCCGCUCCCUUUCUCUCGGUGUUAGGAUGGAACUAGCUGGGGCGGCGGCUGGGCAGGGCAGCCGCUGCCACAACUUCAGCAUUGCAGUUGGUUUCCGACUGUAACGCUGCCCCAGUGCGAGAGACAGUGCAAG